GGCAUUAGCAGCGGCGGCGGCGGCGGCGGCGGCAGCGGCAGGAGCAGCGGAGGCAGGAGCGGCGGUCCCGGCCCCGGCCCCGAGCAGUCAGACACAAAGAGCCAGCGAGGGAUUGUUGGUGGGGUGGGGGUGGGGGGGUUCGCUAUGUCGGAUGACGAUUCGAGAGCCAGCACCAGUUCCUCCUCAUCCUCAUCUUCCAACCAACAGACUGAGAAAGAAAGCAGCAGCACCCCCAAGAAGAAGGAGAGCAAAGUCAGCAUGAGCAAGAACUCCAAGCUCCUCUCCACCAGCGCCAAGAGGAUUCAGAAGGAACUGGCGGACAUCACAUUAGACCCACCUCCCAACUGCAGUGCUGGUCCCAAAGGCGACAAUAUCUACGAAUGGAGAUCAACCAUUCUGGGGCCUCCAGGAUCAGUCUAUGAGGGGGGUGUCUUCUUCCUUGACAUAACCUUUACACCAGAAUAUCCCUUCAAGCCUCCAAAGGUUACGUUCCGGACAAGAAUUUAUCACUGUAACAUCAAUAGUCAAGGGGUGAUCUGUUUGGAUAUUCUGAAGGACAACUGGAGCCCGGCCCUCACCAUAUCGAAAGUGCUCCUUUCCAUCUGCUCCCUGCUCACUGACUGCAACCCUGCUGAUCCCUUAGUGGGAAGCAUCGCCACUCAGUACAUGACCAACAGAGCAGAACACGACAGAAUGGCCAGGCAGUGGACCAAGAGAUACGCGACAUAAAUUGGGUUUUCACCAAAUUUACAUUAUUUGUCUGUGAUGGAAAGAGCUGCUUAUGAUUUUGAAGGGGUGGGGGGAGGGUGGGAGCUGAUAAAGAGUAGGGUAUUUCUAUAACAGAUUUUAUUCAGUCUUUUAUUUCCUAAGAUUUUGUUGUUGUAACUUAAGGUAUCUUGCUACAGUAGACAGUUAGAAUUGGUAAUAGCAUCUUUUGAGACUGUCAUUAGUUCUGCAAUAUUAGCUCAGAUAUAGUACAAAAAAGAACGUACACAUAGACAUUUGGGUUCUGUUGCUUGCAAUAUGUAAAAGAUGAAAAACAGCUUAAUUUUGUACAGGUACAUAUGGCAUUUAUGUAAAGUCCUUCCACGAUUACCCUUUUUUUCUUCUUCUUUUCUUCUUCCUUUUUUUUUUUUUUUUUUUUUUGUAAAAAGAUGUUGGUUUUUCUCCCCCAUGAGAGGGAACAUUGAUAUUUAACAAUUGCUUUUUAGAGACUGUCAUCUCAUGAUAUAUAAUAUGGACAAGUGGAUCUAUGGCACCCAUAUAGGAAAUGAGUAGUUAAUGUAUUUUAUUUUAUAUGCCAAUCUACUUUAGUGUGAAAAGAUUAGAGGUUUUAAUCAGGACUUACAGAAACCUGUAGUGAAAUACCUUAAGCUGUUUAACUGUAAGGCGUGGAAUAGGAGUCAUUCAGUGGAUUGGUUAUAUGUUGUGGGCUACUUCAGUCUGCCUUUGUUACUGUGCUAAUAAAAAGCUAUUAAAAACAA